GAGCUCAUCGCCACUGCAAUCUCCUCCUCCUCACCAUCCACAAUAAGCACGUCACACAAAAGCCCGCUAUAAAAGGUGAGCCGCCACCAUGCAGUACUAGUUCAGCCUUCCCAGCUCUCUGGCUCAUGACCCGAACGGGACAACUUUGACUCCAAGGAAGCCAAGGUUUACCAGUCUCCUCUGCCAUGACCCGGAAGGUGUUCACCAACACGCGCGAGCGGUGGCGCCAGCACAAUGUCAACAGCGCCUUCUCGGAACUGCGCAAACUCAUCCCAACACACCCGCCCGAGAAGAAACUGAGCAAAAACGAGAUCCUGCGGCUAGCCAUGCGCUACAUCGAAUUCCUGGCUCGCCUCCUGGAGAGUCAGGGCGGUGCCACUGCUGGGCGGUCCGCUCACCCGCAUGCCCCCGCUGCCCUCCUCACGCUCCUACGUGGGAAUAUGGAACAGCUGCGCUCGCCGUCACGCCCUUGGACGCCGGCCAGCGACACCGAAGCGCCGUCCUCACCCGGGUCUAGCUGCGGCGGCUCUGAGCCCUGGUAGAACCAUCAAACUGACUUUUUUUGAGGACUGCACAUUAGCAGCGUUGUGUUUGUAUCGUGCAUGGAUGUUUUACUCGUCCUGUUAGGUGUUGUCUACAUUAAAAAAAAGUGGCUGUCGUAUCUGUGAUGGCCUCUGAAAGCACUUUUAAAUACUUUUGUGUGGCCGGAUUUUGCGGUCAUGUACUUUUCUUUCAAAAGUGUGGACUCAUAUCUGUACAGUUUGCAUCUCAUCUCGCCAAAGACCAAGUCAUGUUUUCUGAUUGUUUACUGUGAAGCUAAUUAGAACGAUUAGCAUCUGAUACCUCUUUUUUGUAAGAUAUUUUUGUUCCCGCUUGUGAAAAAUGUUAUUUAUUUGAAAUAUUUAUUGAAUAAAAUGUUUUUUAAUGAAUAUUUUUGUGUUCUUAGAAUGAAUAUGCUUACAGAAAAGUAUAACAAUUUCAAGGGCACUCACUUAAAUUACCCCGGAUUAAACGGUGGAUGCAUGGAUGGAAGGAUGGAUGGAUGGAUGGAUCUGAUUGGCUGCUAUUGACGGCGCUACAUCUUCAAUCCAAUUUGACUGGGGGGCUGGCCCUCCCAGUCAAACUGGCAGUGAAACAUGAUCAUUCAAUGCCAGCCAUCCCAGUUCAAAUUGAUUUGGUGUUCACCACUUGUAAUGGCAGUGAAUGACUUAAAAAAAUAAACAGAGAAAAAGAAAUUCAGCUUCAGCGUUGUUGGGGCCCAUAA